AUGAACUAUCCGACUGGGCCUCCUAUCAAUCGCCUACCAGUAGAACUCCUACAGCAAGUAUUCUUGCUCAUCUUAAACGAUGUCCCAGAAAACCCCAGUAUAUUCUCGUUUGGAGACACAUGCAUCUCAGCCGAUGUUACCAGUCCUCCCCUACUCCUCACCCGCGUGUGUCGCCUUUGGCGAGAUAUUGCACAUUCAACGACAGAAAUCUGGUCACGGAUCCAUGUUGCACUUCCGGGCCGAAUUCAACCAUUGAAACCCUUCCUUCCAUCCCUACUAGAGGUUUGGCUCGCCCGCUCAGGACGUCGCCCUCUCAGCCUUAGCAUCGUGUCUGAGCAGCUCUGCUACUCGCGCGAUCGGGAAGCCAGAUACUUGCCAUAUCUCCGACCAUACCGAUCAGGGGCGGAUUGUCGACUGCUCGAAAUCCUGCUUUCUGCAAGGGGGCGUUGGGAGACGGUGGCUAUCAUGUCACCUACCAUUUAUGACUGGAGUGAU